UGUUAUUAAGCCUAAUAUAAUAUGUAGUUAAUAAACUCGCCGUUCUCUUUUUCGUAUUCUCCAGUCUCACCUAGGGUUUCUGCUCUGCUGCUCUCUCUCACCGCCGUCCGUCAUGGCCAAAAGAACCAAGAAGGUCGGUAUUGUCGGCAAAUACGGUACACGUUAUGGUGCUAGUCUGAGGAAACAGAUUAAGAAGAUGGAGGUUAGCCAACACAGGAAGUACUUCUGUGAGUUCUGUGGCAAGGACGCUGUGAAGAGAAAGGCAGUGGGUAUCUGGGGGUGCAAGGAUUGUGGCAAGGUCAAAGCAGGAGGUGCUUACACCAUGAACACCGCAAGUGCUGUGACUGUGAGGAGUACCAUCCGCCGGUUGAGGGAGCAGACUGAGAGUUAGAUGUUUUGUUGGAAUCGUCGGCUCGCUGUAUUGUCAUUUUUAAUUAUCGAAUUAGCUCCGAACAAUGUUGUUUCCUUUCUGGCAGGUAUACGUUAGACCCUUGCAAGACCUAAUGAACUUCAAGUUUUGGGUAUUUGAUGAAAGGUUUAUGCUUUGUCACAAGUGAUGCAUGAGUUCUAUCUUUCUAGUACAGCUUUCUGCUAACUUGGGUAGUGUAGACUCCCAUUUCCUUUGCGGGUGACUGAACUGACUCG